UUUGAAGUGAGGCACUGAAAAUCUGUGUAUUGGUGGAGUCAGCAGCAGCUUUCCACCCUUCCCAGAUCUAAGGGAGAAGGGAAACUCAUCCUUUUGAGACCCCAAAAAGGAAUGACUGGAGGUGCUUCCUCUCUGGGGCUGGUCUCCUCCUGGAGUGUUCUGGAAUGCUCCGGGCUGGGUGAGAACAUGGAUCAGCCCUCCACAGGGCACAGCUCUCCUGGGCAGGCUCAACUCACCCUGUGAGCAGCUCCUGGGGCACCACCUGCCCCGUGUGAGCUGUCCUUGGAGUCAUUUUGGGGCUGAAAUUGGUAAAGGCUGGAGGUGUUGUGGCACAUGGUCCCUUGCAGGUCCUGCUGGAACCAGGACAUCAGCAGCAGCAGGGGACAAUGGGGACAAUGGGGACAUUCCACACAGGGCUGAGCCAUUGCUGUGUAACAAUGGGCACUCUCUGCCUGGGCAGGGGGACACUGUAAAGAGGGACACAAGAGGCACAGGCUCCGGAGCAAGGAGGAGACUGAAGAGGAAGGACCCUGUUGGCUGUGCACCUCUUCCUCUUCCUUCUCCUCCUUUUAACACCUCCCACCACCCUGCCUGCUCCUCUCCGGGGCAAUAGCACAGGAGCCUCCUGUUCCUGGCAGCUUUUGGACACACCAGCAGCAAUGGCAAUGCUCACUCUUGGCCAGAUGCUGGAUGCUGCCCUUGGGUCAUCGAGAGCUGGAAUCAUCGACUUUGAGCAGCUGCACAACCUCCUGAAUGGGAUGCUUUUGCACCUGGGUCUGCGGGAUCUGCUCGUCCAGGAGAACGGGGAGCCACUGGAGGGGGCCGAGGAAAGCCCUUUCGCUUUCCUUAAGGAGUUAAAGGAGAGAGUGGAAGCCAAUGAAAAAGAGCUCGCCGAGGUGAGGGCUCUUUGCCAGGAGCUGCGUGAGGAGGUCAACGAGGUGAAGCUGGAGCAGUCCCACAUGGCAGAGGACAUGCAGUAUAUGCUACAGAACUUUAACAUGGAAGAUUUCCAGAACAUGAUGGAUGAGCUCCGUAACCAGCUGAUGGAAUCUCUCAUGUCUGCCAUGAAGAACAUGCUGGCUGGGCCCAGCUCCCGAGACAAGAAGUCUGGCCACCACCUCCUGGACUCAGAGGAUGACCAAGGGCUGAUUGUCAUCGGCAACGAAAUCACCCUCGUGGAAAAGCCCAAGACACCAAGGCACGGGGACAGCCAGCCUGCCAGCCCCCUGUCCCCCAACGGCAAGACACAGGGCAAGGGGAAGGAAGAGAAUGCGGGCAGUGACAUCGUGUCCAUCGGGGAAAAUGACACGGGACAGAACGGGGGACGGGGCGGCGUGGGACGCAGGGGCAUGGGACAGAAGGACACGAGACGAAAUGGGCAAGGGGGUGACAUGGGACAGAAUGACACGGAGCAGAAGGACACGGGAAGGAGCGGGAGAUGGAGCACCAGAGGACGGAAUGGCGUGGGACAGGAUGAGCUAGGACAGGAUGACAUGGGUCAGAAGGACAUGAGACGAAAUGGGCAGUGGAGCGAUGCAGGACAGAGUGACAUGGGACAGAAGGGCAUGGGGAGGAAUGUGAGAUGGAGUGACAGAGAAUGGAAUGAAAUGGGACAGAAGGACGUGGAACAGGACGACGUGGGGCAGGAUGACAUGGGACAGAAGGACAUGGGACAGGAUGACAUGGGACAGAUCAAGAAGGAAGAGACCGAGAUACACAUCUCUGAGGUAGAGGCUCCUCCCAGCCCCCUGGGUAUUCCCCCUGAGGUGACCAGCAUGGGAGAGAUCAAGGAAGAAGAGACCAAGAUGGGCAUCUCCAAGGCUGCUCCCCAUGUUCAGAAAAAGGGUUUGGAUGGCAGUUUGACCACCUCAGAAAUGCACCCAAGAGCCCCUGGCAGCCAUGUCCCAGGGCAGCGGGUGCAGUCAGUACGAGGCCACCCAGGAUCCCAGAACCUCUGGAUCCCAGCCGAGAGCGUGGCUGGGCCUAGCAGUGGCAGCAGGCUCCCACCAUCCAAGGAGGCACAUGGAGGCGGCGUCAGGAUGGAGGCAUACCCAGCUGAAGCUGGACUGAUGCUCCUGAGGGUGCCCUCCUCCGAGUACUCACCUUGUGAACCGCUUGUGAAGCUGCCUGGCCAACGCCCUGACUUCAUCUCAUCCACGCCACCGGCAUCCCCCGGCCUCUCCAUGCGCCUGCCCCAGCUCCGCAGGCAGGAGCCCAGGGAGCAGCCAGCCGAGGGCUAUUACCGCAGAUCACCGAUGUACUCGGGCGGCAAACACACCAGCGUCAGCCCCGUGCAGCCCAUGGAGCCGCUCCUCCCAGACCCCAACAUGGUAGGGAUGGGGACGGGGACGGUGGGGACGAGGCCGGGACAGUGAUGCUGGCACAUCUGUGCCUCAGUGUCCCCGGAGGAGCCGGGCGGGGAGGCUGCCCUGGGGGUGCUGGGUGCAGCCCAGAGCGGCAGAGCCAGCCCGUCCCCUCCUUCCCAGCCCGGCACGUACGACCUGAUGGGCAAGGAUGGAGUCUUGUACCGGGGCCGGACUUCCCCGACGGACUGAGCAAGCAGCGCCGGCCUGCAGCAAUAAAGGGAGCCCACCAGAGCGGGAUCUGCCCCUCGUGCACACCGAGCAGCAUCCCCUGCCCUGAAAGCACCCCUGACACCUCCCAGGCUCUGGGUCAGCCCCCGGGGGUCGUGCAACCCCUGGCCCUGCCGGGGGACCCCCAAAAGGGGGAAGCAGGAGACCGCUGCCAUGGAAGCACGGACCCCUCUGC